AUGGCACCACCGGCUCGAAUCCCCACCCGCCGUAUGGGCAAGGACGGACCCGAGGUCGCAUGCAUCGGCUUCGGCUUGAUGGGUCUUAGUAUGGGUUACGGCGCUGUCGGAACGGAUGAAGAGCGCCUCAAAGUGCUUGAUCGUGCUUGGGAGAUUGGCGCCACCAACUGGGACACAGCCGACCUUUAUGGCGACUCGGAAGACUUGGUUGGCAAAUGGUUCAAACUGCAUCCAGAAAGACGCAAGGACAUCUUUCUCGCCACCAAGUUUGGAAUUCAGGGGUCCAUAACGGAGCUCACCGCGGAUAGCUCGCCCGAAUACUGCCGCCAAGCUUCUCGGCGUAGUUUCGAGCGUCUUGGGGUUGACUAUGUCGACUUGUACUAUCUACAUCGGCUGCAAGAGUCCGUUCCCAUUGAAAAGACCGUCGAGGCCAUGGCAGAGCUGGUCAAGGAGGGCAAGGUCAAACACCUGGGCUUGUCUGAGUGCUCGUCCACUUCACUUCGCCGCGCCUACAAGGUCCACCCCAUCGCUGCAGUCCAGGUCGAGUACAACCCGUGGGACCUGGCCAUAGAAGGAGAGGAGGGCACCAACCUCCUCAAAACCUGUCGUGAACUUGGUGUCGCGGUCGUUGCCUACUCGCCCUUCAGCCGUGGUCUGUUGACAGGCGCCGUCAAGUCGCGUGCGGACUUCAGUGACCCUACAGACUGCCGCCUGUUGCUCCCCCGCUACAGUGAAGAAAACUUCCCCAAGAACCUGGAGCUUGUGGCCGAGUUUGAGACGAUUGCAAAGCAAAAGGGCUGCACUCCUGGUCAGCUUGUGCUGGCCUGGCUGCUCGCCCAAGGUGACGAAAUCAUCCCGAUCCCGGGGACCAAGAAGAUCAAGUUCUUGGAAGAGAAUACGGCUGCUGCUUACGUGAAGCUCACAGCCGAAGAAGAAAAGAACAUUCGGAAUCUGGUUGAUAAGGCGAACAUUCAGGGCGACAGAGGUGCUUUCAUCAACUCAUACUGCGAUACUGUUGAGCUAUAA